CUUCUGAAAAUCCAGUCACAACUUCCGCUUUUAUUUAUUUGCGUUGGAAACACGGAACAGCCUGAGUUUGUAUCGCCCUGUAUAAGUCACAUCCAUCACGAUGGGCGCCUGUAUGGCUUUAUGCUCUUUGGCGAGCUGUGCGUCCUGUCUGUGUGGCUCCGCGCCAUGCCUCCUCUGUGGCUGCUGUCCAUCCUCUAAUAACUCCACUAUCACUCGCCUGGUCUUCUCCUUUUUCCUGUUGCUGGGAACUAUGGUGUCUGUAAUAAUGAUCCUUCCGGGAAUGGAGACUCAACUACGUAAAAUCCCAGGAUUUUGCCAAGGGGGAGCAAGUAUACCAGGCCUUGAAAACCAAGUCAACUGUGAUGUCAUUGUUGGUUACAAGUCUGUUUAUCGCAUGUGCUUUGCCAUGACAUGCUUUUUCUUCCUGUUUUGUGCCAUCAUGAUCCGUGUGCGCAGCAGUAAAGACCCUCGAGCUGGUCUUCAGAAUGGGUUCUGGUUCUUCAAGUUUCUUAUUUUAGUUGGGAUAACAGUGGGAGCAUUUUUUAUCCCCGACGGAACAUUUAACACAGUAUGGUUUUACUUUGGAGCAGUGGGGUCAUUCAUCUUUAUUCUGAUUCAACUAAUUCUGCUCAUUGACUUUGCCCAUUCUUGGAACAAAAUUUGGGUUGAAAAUGCAGAAGAGGGUGAUAACAAAGGCUGGUAUGCAGCCCUGUUGUUUUUUACCAUUCUUAACUAUGCCUUGACCAUCACUGUGGUGGUGCUGUUCUAUGUUUACUACACACAGCCUGAUGACUGCACAGAGCACAAGGUCUUCAUCAGCCUCAAUCUCAUCUUCUGUGUCAUCAUUUCUGUUGUGUCCAUCCUGCCCAAGGUCCAGGACGCCCAGCCACACUCCGGUUUGCUUCAAGCUUCAAUCAUUUCUCUCUACACCAUGUAUGUCACCUGGUCUGCAAUGACCAACAACCCAAAUCGGAAAUGUAACCCAAGCCUCUUGAGUCUUAUGUCAAACGUUAGCACUACAGAGCAGCCUGGAGACAAUCCUGGACAUGUCCAAUGGUGGGAUGCUCAGGGCAUUGUUGGAUUGAUCAUUUUCAUUUUCUGCACUCUCUACGCCAGUAUCCGUUCGUCCAGCAAUGCCCAAGUAAACAAGCUGAUGCAGACAGAAGAGACUGGGGGGUCAGGGGGCGGGGGGGUUGUGGGGGAGGAUGGAGUGCUCAGAGCUGUGGACAAUGAGGAGGAUGGAGUCACCUACAGCUACAGCUUUUUCCACUUCCACCUCUGCCUGGCCUCGCUCUACAUCAUGAUGACCCUCACCAACUGGUACCAGCCUGACACCACUACCCAAGCUAUGCAGGACAGUAUGCCUGCGGUGUGGGUGAAGAUCAGCUCCAGUUGGCUGGGCCUUGCACUCUACCUAUGGACUCUCAUUGCCCCUCUCAUUUUUCCAGACAGAGAUUUUAGCUGAGAUGUCCCCUCAAUGCACUUUGUAAAAUGUAGGAUGAUAGUCAAUUAAUGAAGAAAACAUUUCAUUUGUCUUGGGUACUUAUGAGGAUAAUCAACUAGUCCAAUUUCAUAUAGACUGACAGUCUCUGUUAGUGUUUUUCAAUAUGUUGUGUUUUUUUUGUUUUUUUUUGCAUUAGAAGGUAUCACAUAGCUUUAAUUUACCAAUGCAAGGGUAAUGUCUUGUUUAAUGGCUUAAACACUAAUAUGAUACUACCUAUGUACUAACUACAACAAGACUUAAAAGUAAAACUAGUAUUCUGAUUGGUCAAGUGUGGAAUUCCCUAAACAGCUGUUUGUGUAUAAGCUCUAGAGGAGGCAGCCUUUUCAGUGCCCCUCAGAUAUACAAGUGUGGAAGUAAGAUAAGAACCAAUUGACCCACCCAAGACGGGUUUCUCCACUGCAGCAGGGAUAUAUUAAAAAUAUUAAAAUCCAACUUAAAUGAAGCAUCAGUUUGGACUAACAGCCAAGUCCUACCUGCAGUCCUAAACUCCAUUUUGAGCUAUAUAGACAGAAAAGUAGUAGAAAGUAGUGAGCCCUGUCAACAGUGUCACUUUAUGAUAGUGUGGUUGUGUUAUUAUUUCAAAAAGGGAAGACAUUUCAGAUUGCUGGUAAAAUGUUUAAAAUAUGUAUUGCUGUAAUAUAAUGUAUCAUAGUUACCUCAAGUUCCUUGUAAACUGUUAAUUCAAUCAGUAUAUGCUGUCCUGAAAUCAUUUAAGUCCCACCUAUUUUCAUUAUUUUAAUCAACUUGUAAGUUAACAUUAUUUCAAGUCUGACAGAGGAAUGAUAAUUCUUGUCAACGCUAUUUUUUGUGAACACUAAGAGUGCCUUUUCAGUGUGGUAAUUUUAUUAUCUUGUGAACAGUACCAAUGUUUGCUAAUCGUUUUUUUUAUCAGCUGGUAAAAUUUGCAUGUAACCAGAAUUUGCCAGAUGAAAUGCAAUCACAUGAAUUUACCUUAAACAAUCUUUAUAAUAAAAAAUAAGGAUGC